UUCACAUGGCGGUGGAUCACAUACACAACAUUAAAGCAUUCGACUUUGAAAGCUGGUUUUAAGGAGCCUUUCAAGCUGAGAGGCUGCAGUCUCUCUAUUGGCCACUAGGAGCUGAGUCCAUGUGGGGUAGCAGCUUGGCCUGUCAGGGAUUAUGUUGGGAACCGGAGGGCUAAACCAUCUUCUUGAGUGACGCCAUUCAUCAUAAACUGCCCUUCGCAUUGAAUUUGAGGAUCUGGUCUGGCAAUCUAUUGUGGAAUGUGAAGAAGACUUAAACCGUGACAACAUUUUGGAUUGGAUUUUAGGAUUUUUCCCGCUUCAGAUCAAUCUAGACUGACCCAGUCACUUUCCUUAAACAUUUUCCACUACUACUGAACUUUGACAAGAGGAAGUUCUCAGACUGUAUUCGUGGUGUGAGGUCAGCAACAACACAUCUGUCCAAACUGUGGACGUGUCUGUAAGCGAUCAGCAGUGAUGGAGUCUGUGGCAGCCCGGAUGGCCAUGGACACCGACUCGCCCAACCUGUCCCUGAGGUCCAGGACUACCGUGACCACGGACGGAGAUUCUUAUGUGAGCACUUCCAGCCUUCCCUGCAGCCACUUCCUGUCCGCCAAUGUCAUCAAUGUUGUGGAGAAAUGUAUGAGCUCCAUGCAGAUGGGGACCCAGAUGGUGAAGCUCCGCGGCGGCUCCAAGGGACUGGUGCGCUUCUUCUAUCUGGACGAACACAAGUCCUGCAUCCGCUGGAGGCCCUCACGCAAGAACGAGAAGGCCAAGAUCUCCGUGGACUCUGUGCAGGAGGUGUGUGAGGGGAAGCAGUCGGAGAUCUUCCAGCGCUACUCCGAGGGCAGCUUCGACCCCAACUGCUGCUUCAGCCUGUACUACGGAGAGCACAUGGAGUCCCUGGACCUGGUGUCGGGCACCGGGGAGGAGGCCCGCACCUGGAUCACCGGCCUCAAGUACCUGAUGGCCGGCAUCAGUGACGAGGACAGCCUGGCCAAGAGGCAGCGCACCCGAGACCAAUGGCUGAAGCAGACCUUCACGGAGGCCGAUAAGAACGGUGACAGCAGCCUCAGCAUCGGAGAGGUUAUGCAGCUGCUGCACAAACUCAACGUCAACCUACCCCGACAGAAGGUCAAACAGAUGUUCAAGGAGGCGGACACGGAUGAUAACCAGGGGGCGCUGGGCUUCGAGGAGUUCUGCUCCUUCUACAAGAUGAUGUCCACGCGCAGAGAUCUGUACCUCCUCAUGAUCACCUACAGCAACCACAAAGACCACCUGGACUCUGAGGACCUGGCCCGCUUCCUGGAGACGGAGCAAAAGAUGACCAAGGUGACCAAGGAACAUUGCCUGGAGAUUAUCAACAAAUUUGAGCCGUGCUCCGAGAACCAGAAGCAAGGAGUUCUGGGAAUUGAUGGCAUUACUAACUACAUGCGCAGCCCGGCGGGGGACAUCUUCAACCCGGAGCACUACAGCGUGCUGCAGGACAUGAAGCAGCCGCUCUGCAACUACUUCAUCGCCUCGUCCCACAACACCUACCUGAUGGGGGACCAGCUGAUGUCCCAGUCCAGGGUGGACAUGUACGCCUGGGUGCUGCAGGCCGGCUGCCGCUGUGUGGAGGUGGACUGCUGGGACGGUCAGGACGGAGAGCCCAUCGUGCACCACGGCUACACCCUCACCUCCAAGAUCCUCUUCAAAGACGUCAUCGAUACCAUCAACAAGUACGCCUUCGCCAAGAGCGACUACCCGGUCAUCCUCUCCAUAGAGAACCACUGCAGCGUUCCCCAGCAGAAGAAGAUGGCGCAGUACCUGAUUGAGAUCCUGGGGGACAAACUGGACGUGUCCAACAUCAAAGCCGAGGAGUCUGGACACCUGCCGUCUCCAGAAACACUCAGGGGCAAAAUCCUCGUCAAGGGGAAGAAACUGCCCCCCAACAUCGACGAGGAUGCUGAGGAGGGAGACGUGUCGGACGAGGACAGUGCUGAUGAGAUGGAGGACGACUGCAAGCUGAUGAACGGAGAUACUACAGCCAACAGGAAGCAGGUGGAGAACCUGGCCAAGAAGAAGCUGGACAACCUGAUGAAGGAGUCCAAGAUCCGAGACAGAGAAGACCCCGACAGCUUCACCAUCGCAGCCCUCCCCCCCACCGGGAAGCCCACCGACAAAACGGGUUCCAAGGGUAAGAGUGAGGAGGGGACCGACACGGGGGACGAGGCUAACCCCUGCAGCAACAAGAGGACAGGACGCUCCUUCAUGGGGAGUUUCUCUAAACGCAAGAAAAAGGUCACCAAGCUGAAGAAGACGUCGAGUUUCGAAGACACGGACACGGACCAGGAGAGUACGAGCAGCGCCUCCCGGGCCCCUCUGCACCACAACAAAAAGAAGAAGACCAUGAAGUUGUCCCGGGCUCUGUCUGAUCUGGUGAAGUACACGUGCUCCGUGGGUCUCUACGACAUCGAGGCACAAUCCUCCUGCAGCUGGCAGGUGUCGUCGCUCAGUGAGACCAAAGCCCACCAGGUGAUGCAGCAGAAAGCCACCUCCUUCAUCCAUUUCAACCAGAGACAGCUGUCCCGCAUCUACCCCUCCUCGUACCGCGUGGACUCCUCCAACUUCAACCCCCAGCCCUUCUGGAGCGCCGGCUGCCAGCUGGUCGCUCUCAACUACCAAUCAGAGGGCCGCGUCCUGCAGCUCAACAGAGCCAAGUUCUACAGCAACGGGAACUGUGGCUACAUCCUGAAGCCCGCCUGCAUGUGUGAAGGGACCUUCAACCCCAACCUGGAGGAGCCUCUGCCGGGUCAGAUGAAGAAGCAGCUGGUGCUGAAGAUCAUCAGCGGACAGCAGCUGCCCAAACCCAAAGACUCUAUGCUGGGGGACCGGGGAGAGAUCAUUGAUCCCUUCGUGGAGGUGGAGAUCAUCGGCCUGCCGGUGGACUGCUGCAAGGAGCAGACCAGAGUGGUGGAUGAUAACGGCUUCAACCCGAUGUGGGAGGAGACGAUCGUGUUCACCGUCCAUAUGCCGGAGCUCGCCCUGGUGCGUUUCCUCGUGUGGGAUCAUGACCCCAUCGGCCAGGACUUCAUCGGCCAGCGCACCAUCGCCUUCAACAGCAUGAUUCCAGGUUAUCGCCAUGUGUACUUGGAAGGUAUGGAGGAGGCUUCCAUCUUUGUUCACGUAGCUGUGAAUGACAUCACUGGUAAGGCCAGAGCAGCCACCGGUAUAAAAGGACUGUUUCACAGAAACCCAAAGCAGGCUUCCCUGGACAGCCAUGCUGCUGCUCAGCACAGCCGUAAGCACCCGUUCGGGGCCCACCUCCUGCGCCGCACUGCCAGCGCACCCACCAAAGGCCAGCCCAAAGUCAAGAAGGGCUUCCCGGAGAUCGCCAUCGACACCAAAGACUACAGCUCAGAGGGUGCUAGUGAAGACCGGGAGUCUGAGGACAGGGACAAGGCCUCUGCCGGCGCCUCUCACCAGCCCACACCCCCACAGAACAGGGAAUCUCUGGCAUCCCACCCAGCCAAGGGCCCCUGGGAGCGUCCUGACACCAACGGGGCUUUCCACCCCGAAAAGGGUAAAGAUUGUUCCACAGUGCAGAAACCAGCUCCUCUUUCACUACACUCUGACGCAGCCAGAACCACUCGAGUCAUCCAUUCUGUCUCCACUCCAGAAGACAGCCUGUCUUCACAUCACUCCUCAUCCUCUCCACUGCAAUCCACAGCAAUAAACGCAGACCACCUAUUGGCCGCUCCUUCUAACGGUGCGGUAUACUCUCCUACCAGGGUGAGCGGAGACCCUAAGAAACCAACUACCAAUUCCAGAACCACGUUGCUCCCUCUGACUCCUGAGAAGACUGAACCAUCACAAGUUGUCCCGAACAACAGAGGCGCUGAUUCUCUCAUGGAGCGCUCACCAAACCAGAAAGAAAACCUGACAGAAAAGAACCGUGAAGCAGCGGAGGUGAAGUCUGACCACAGGGUGAAGGCCGCCGCUGUAACAGAACCUCCACGACCCCCCGCCGCCCCUGCGCCUGAGAAAGCCCCAGCCAGGAGAGCCCUCUUUAGCUCCAUGCCAUCCCACUCUCCGGUAAGAAGAACCAAACGUGAGGGCCAUGUCCUGGUGGGUGUAGCCUCCACGGGGCAGUCGGUAGUACCGCAGGUCUGCACCGACGCCACCAUGAACGACCGCCUGUGGAGCAAGUUGGACCCGGCUAGUCACCGAGACAGCAUGUCCUCCUCCUCCAGCAUCUCCUCCAGCGACACCGUCAUCGACCUGUCCCUGCCUAACCUGGCCAGGAAGAACCUCAGCAGCCCCCCCCACAGCCACAGCCCCUCUGACCCAAACUGGAUCAACUACCGCCACUCAGCGCUGGUCUCCUACGAUACCCCGCAAGUCAGCAAGAGCAAGUCUAACCCCAAUCUCCAGCAAAGCGAGUGCCCGAGAGAUGAGCUUAAGCCCCGCCCCCUUCAGCCCCCCGAGGAGGCUUCUGUGGACUCUCUGAACAGACUGACCCAGAGGAGGCACACCUGGAGCCGGCUCUACAUGGAGGGGCUCAAGCAGUCAUCCCCCAGCAGGCCGUCCCCUCCGGCUAAAACCCCCAUAGCUACAGCUUCCAUGUCCAAAAGCCUCGGGGAUCUGACCUCCGAUGACAUUUCCUGUAACUUUGACAGUAAGUACCGCAGUAUCAGCCGUAGCUUCAUCGUCAGGCCCCUCAGAGACCAGUUCCGCAGGGGGAGUCCGCAGAAGUCCCGGCCCACCAGCGACCUCACAGAGCAGCUCCGGAAGCUGACGGAUGUGGAGCCCCUGACCGCUAGCGACUUUGCCCCAGAAACCAGACCCAGAGAGUCACAGGAGGACUUUGUGGAUGAGACCUUGAUGAGAAGGACCUCCUCCAGAAGCCAAAGCAGGGUGCGCUAUAUCGCAAACAGGGCCAAGAAGGCCCAGGAGCGGCAGAGGCUCCAGGGCCUGGCCCAGGGCAGGAGUGCCAGCUUCAACCUGGGCUGUGGAAGUCUCACAAACCCCAUCGAGGAGCGGGGGAACCCUGAAGGCGCGUGUUGCGUGGCCCAAAGUCCCUGCACCAGCCUGGACCUGCUGAGUCAGCUCGCCCCCCUCAGAACCCCGUCCCCUAGACAGCCCCAGUCCCCCCCAGAGAGCAGUGAAGUCUUUUUUAGGCUCAAACUCUAAGAACUGGCUGACUUGGAACUGAGUGUGAGAGACACAGCGAGAGACUUGUUUGCAAUACAGUCCAGAUUUUUUUUUAAGUUGCAUAUCUUGCAGAAAUCUCGCAUAAUGAUUUCAAAGUCUCACAGCACUCCUCUGACUGAGAAAUCACUUCUACAUCCUGAGGUUGUGCAAGAUAAUUUUUUUUAACCAUUGAGAAAAUAUUGUCUUGAAGCUGAAGGACAGCACCAAACGUUAGAUAAUUGCCACAACGUAUUUAGUUGAAGAGUUUUUAUAAAGCGGUUUAUGACGACUGUGAUCUACUCUCAUGUUUGAUUUUUUUUUUUUUAACUUCACUUGCACAUACAGUAGCAAUACAUCACUUGACAGGAUAGUAAAGGACACAUUCUGCUUAUGUACUUGAAAUGUAAUGAUGUACUUAACAUGUCAAAACGUUAGUAUCAGCACAUCCAUCCACUAGCAAUAUUUAGAAAAGGAUGGCAUGGUGUUAUAUAACAUUUUGUUUUAAAGUUUUAAUCAGCGAGGCUUGUCCCAUGUCUUUGCUGAAGAAAAUGGAAUUUCUACUACAAUGCAGGAUAAAAUGUCUUCAUUUUAGUAUUUUUUGUGUCGUUUUUCCAUUGUAAUCUGACCAAACUGACAAUAUGUUGCUACCCUUUCCGAUAUGUGGCAUGUCACAGCACUGAGAUCAUGUACUUUCAAACCGUGGUAGACUACUACAUACAGAGUUUAGCCCUUUUGUUGACUGCAUGUAGUUUAUGCACUGUAAUGUUUUUCCAAAGGCUGUGCUUUAUUUACAAAGACUUUUUUUAUAUGAACAUUUGUUAAUAUUCCAAGCUUCUUUUUUGGAUUGUCUGAUGGUACUCAUAAAGCAUCAUAUCUGCGCCUGUGUUCUCAUUGGUCCGUGGUACACAUACAAGAUGAAAAUGAUCUGUAUCAAAGCACGUUUAUCUGUCCACCUGCUGUAUUGUUUUGCACUGCCGUGCCAGUUGUUUGUGCAAAAUGUUAGGGGCAAUAUUUAAUUCAGACAAUGUGUAAUUAUGACCUGAAUAAAUCUCCAAUUAAUAUUAUUAAAU